AUGAAGAACAAAUACCAUAAGAAGAAGUACGACAUCUUUCCCGGACGUAAUCGCUUCUACUGUGACGGACGCAUAAUUAUGGCCAAACAGAUCUCCGUCUUCUACUUCACCAUUACUCUAAUCAUCGCCACGUGUGCGCUCUUCUUCGUCUUCGAGUAUGUCUUUUGCAAUCCAUUCAAUCAUUCAUUGAUCACUAAUAGACCGCUUGUUGUGUCCAUCAGUUGUCCGUUUUUAGCCACCGAAAUAAGUCCGGCGAUUCCGGCUGUGGCCGCACUUCUCUUCAUAUUCGUGUUGUGCACACUAUUGCGGACCAGUUUCACAGAUCCGGGCAUUUUGCCACGAGCCACACCCGACGAGGCGGCCGAUACUGAGCGGCAAAUCGCAGAAGUGCCCAACGGCUCAAACUCUCCCACAUAUAGACCUCCGCCGCGAACCAAAGAGAUUACCUCCGCGUACGGCAAACCGAAGAUGAAGAACAAAUACCAUAAGAAGAAGUACGACAUCUUUCCCGGACGUAAUCGCUUCUACUGUGACGGACGCAUAAUUAUGGCCAAACAGAUCUCCGUCUUCUACUUCACCAUCACUCUAAUCAUCGCCACGUGUGCGCUCUUCUUCGUCUUCGAUUGUCCAUUUUUAGCCACUGAAAUAAGUCCGGCGAUUCCGGCUGUGGCCGCACUUCUCUUCAUAUUCGUGUUGUGCACACUAUUGCGGACCAGUUUCACGGAUCCGGGCAUUUUGCCACGAGCCACACCCGACGAGGCGGCAGAUACUGAGCGGCAAAUCGAAGUGCCCAACGGCUCAAACUCUCCCACAUAUAGACCUCCGCCGCGAACCAAAGAGAUUGUCAUCAAUGGCCAGACCAUUAAACUGAAGUAUUGUUUUACAUGUAAAAUAUUUAGACCUCCGCGAGCCUCCCAUUGCAGCCUUUGUGACAAUUGCGUCGUAUCGAAGGGAAGAUCACUGUUAGACGCGGUGAAGGAUAGUCCGGCGAGUAUAGUGGUCGGCAUUAUAUGCUUUUUUAGCGUUUGGUCGAUACUUGGUUUGGCCGGCUUUCACACGUACUUAACCACUUCCAAUCAGACCACCAAUGAAGACAUUAAGGGCUCAUUUUCCUCCAAACGCAACCACUCAGUGAAGAACCCGUUUUCCAAGGGAUCAGUUUAUAGGAACUGUUGUGUUGUACUCUGCGGACCAAGUACUCCGAGUCUAAUUGAUAUUCGCAGUCCUAUUAGUGAUGAACAAUACUUAGCGGCCCAACGGGCCCGUGAUCUCAGUCGACAGCAGGCAUCUCAGCCCCGACCCAGUCGUGCGGACCUGAGUUCCUCUCAAAGCGCUCAAAUGAGCCCUCAGUCCAAAACAACGCCUACCGGUUCGCUGGGCUCAAAGUCAAUAGCAGAUCAGUACUUAUAUCAGCAGCAGUUGUAUCACAACCAACACCAGCACCAACAGCCGGCACCGUAUCCACAACAGCCGCUACAACAACAGCAGCGAGUGCUUCAUCCCAACAAAAUGGUGGGCCAACAGCAGCACACUCACCAACAAUCGCAGCUCCAGAAACAGGUGACAUCGAACCCCAAUGUGGCCGCCACUACAGCCAACAGCGCUGCGGCCGCCGCCGGGCCCAAUGCCAACGGCAACUACAACUCUUUGCCCCGCAAUCCUAAUCAACAGCAUUCACACUAUGGUAAUGCAAACAACAGUAAACCGAAGCCAAACUACUAUACGUUGAGUCGAUUGCCGUCGUAUCAGAUAAUGAAUCAAUUGUGCGAAUCGUAUGACAAAGACGUGGCUAACAAUUCAAAGAGCGGUUCGCUCUCCAGAAGUCACCAUAAUAUAAGUCUAGUGUCGUUCAUGAAACAGAGCACAGUCUGAAUCACUACAACAUAUACUCGCUUUCGUCGACUGUCCGCUCACAUCAUUAUACCAGUUAUUAUACAGUAUAUUAGGCAACAAAACAAAUUAUCUUUAAUAUUAUAUAUUAAUUAUAAUUGGUUUUUACAAUUUAUUAUUAAUAUUGAGGAAUACAAUGACAAUACAAACUAUAAACGAACUCGUUUUUAUAUAUUUAAAUGUG